AUGAAGAAGAUGAGCAACAUUUAUGAGUCAGCUGCCAAUACACUGGGAAUCUUUAACAGCCCCUGCCUGACCAAAGUUGAGCUGCGUGUGGCAUGCAAAGGCAUUUCCGACAGAGAUGCUCUUUCCAAACCAGACCCCUGUGUCAUCCUCAAGAUGCAGUCCCACGGGCAGUGGUUCGAGGUUGACAGAACAGAGGUGAUUCGCACCUGCAUCAACCCAGUGUAUUCAAAACUGUUUACCGUGGACUUUUAUUUUGAGGAGGUGCAGCGCUUGCGGUUUGAGGUCCACGACAUCAGCAGCAACCACGAUGAGCUGAAGGAGGCUGACUUCUUGGGUGGCAUGGAGUGCACACUUGGCCAGAUUGUUUCCCAGAGAAAGCUGUCCAAAUCCUUGCUGAAGCACGGGAACACGGCAGGGAAAUCCUCCAUCACGGUGAUUGCUGAGGAAUUAUCUGGCAAUGAUGACUACGUUGAACUUGCCUUCAACGCACGGAAACUGGAUGACAAGGAUUUCUUCAGUAAGUCUGACCCAUUUCUGGAAAUUUUUCGAAUGAAUGAUGAUGCAACUCAGCAGCUUGUGCACCGAACUGAGGUUGUGAUGAAUAACUUAAGCCCAGCCUGGAAAUCAUUCAAAGUAUCAGUAAAUUCUCUAUGCAGUGGAGAUCCCGACCGCCGGCUGAAGUGCAUAGUAUGGGACUGGGACUCCAAUGGCAAACAUGACUUCAUUGGAGAAUUCACCUCAACAUUCAAGGAGAUGAGAGGAGUAAUGGAAGGAAAACAGGUGCAGUGGGAGUGCAUCAACCCCAAGUACAAAGCCAAGAAGAAGAAUUAUAAGAACUCGGGCAUUGUGAUUUUGAACCAGUGCAAGAUCCACAAGAUGCAUUCUUUCUUGGACUACAUCAUGGGUGGCUGCCAAAUCCAGUUUACAGUAGCUAUAGAUUUCACAGCCUCGAAUGGGGACCCCAGGAACAGCUGUUCCCUGCACUACAUCCACCCCUACCAGCCCAAUGAGUACCUGAAGGCCUUGGUGGCGGUGGGGGAGAUUUGCCAAGACUAUGACAGUGACAAAAUGUUCCCAGCCUUUGGGUUCGGUGCCAGGAUACCCCCAGAGUACACGGUAUCUCAUGACUUCGCAAUCAACUUUAAUGAAGACAACCCAGAAUGUGCAGGGAUUCAAGGAGUUGUGGAAGCCUACCAGAGCUGCCUUCCCAAACUCCAGCUCUAUGGCCCCACCAACAUCGCUCCCAUCAUCCAGAAGGUCGCCAAGUCAGCAUCAGAGGAGACCAACACCAAGGAGGCAUCGCAAUACUUCAUCCUGCUGAUCCUGACUGACGGGGUCAUCACAGACAUGGCCGACACGAGGGAGGCCAUCGUCCAUGCCUCCCACCUCCCCAUGUCGGUCAUCAUCGUGGGAGUGGGCAACGCAGACUUUAGUGACAUGCAGAUGCUGGACGGCGACGAUGGGAUUCUGAGGUCGCCCAAGGGAGAGCCCGUCCUUCGCGACAUCGUCCAGUUCGUGCCCUUCAGGAACUUCAAACACGCAUCUCCAGCUGCCCUGGCAAAGAGUGUGUUGGCUGAAGUCCCAAACCAAGUCGUGGACUAUUACAAUGGCAAAGGGAUUAAGCCAAAAUGUUCAUCAGAAAUGUAUGACUCUUCCCGGACACUGGCUCCAUGA